AUGGUCCAUCUGUCAAGAGUCAGAAAAGGCAAACAUGCCCGACGUCAGGAUGCCGAGGAGUCCGGGGACAGCUCAGCGGCUCCGUACGUCUACGCGACGCAUUAUGCCGCAGAGGAGCUACCCGAGCAUGAGCUUGCAGAGCGAGAGAUGCCAGCUGCUGUGGUGAAACGGAUGAUUCAGGAUGAGCUGAGUCUGGAUGGGAACCCACUGCUCAAGUAG